AUGAUGCCUGCCUCAAUCAUAGAAGGGCAUGAGUCUGUUUCCUGGCCGUUAGAGUCGUUCACCGUUGGCAGAGACAUCAACUCCUCAAAUCCUACGAGGAUAUUUGUCGAUCACGCCACACACGAAUUUGGCAUCGUGUACUACUACGCCAACUCAGUCGCUGCAGUCGAGCAGUUCUCCGACACCGGUGAGCCAGUCUACUUCCAAGCAAAGACCGCCCUCAUGGCAUGCUGGCACAGCAGAUGCAAAAAAAUAUCUGUUUUAUUUCAGCAUCUCCAAGUUGACCUCAAGUUCUGUUCGACACAAGAGGCCCGCGACUUUCUGGAUGCGUUCAAGGAUGCUGCGACAAUCACCCAGAAUAAUGUCUUCUACGCUUAUGAGCACAACAGCAUCAAGACCUUCAGCAGCGCAAGCUUUGACAUGAUGAAGGAUGAGCGCGCCAGCCGCAUAGCUCAGCAUCGGAUGGAUGCGCCUGCACCCUCAUCAGAAUGGCCAAGCCUUCGGAAGAGUGGUGAGUGGUCCGAUUUCACCAUCAUGGCGGGAGGCAAGUCCUUCCCAGUUCAUCGCGUCAGAUUGUGCAAAGAUUCCUCCUAUUUCACAGCAGUUUGCAACCGCGGUUUUGCAGAGAGCAACGACCGCUCGAUCCAGCUCCCCGAAUCUGAGCGAACCAUUGAUACCCUACUCGACGAGAUGUACGACACGUACAAUUCAACGACUGGGUCCCUCUUCACUGGCUUCGCGCUGCGAUCAGAGAUGGAGAAAGAGCGUGUGCUCAAUGACCUGCUCGACCUGUUCGUUGCGUCUGAUAAGUACAACUUCGAGAGGAUCAAGACCAAAGUUGCCAGAGCCAUUAUCGACCGUAUGCCCUUCGUCCACGACAGCUUGACCAUCGUCGAUUCCUCCAACUACAUCUUCGACGAUGGAUGUCCACAGGUUGACUGCGGCCUUCGUAAGGCUGUUGUUGCACAGAUACAAUGCCGUUUACCUGCGAUCAUCAACGACAAAGCUGCUUGGCAGGAGUACUCAAACAACAAAGCACUCUUGAAGGCCUUCCAUAUCCAGUUGGCUCAUCUAGAUGCAACUGCUUGGUCAGAAGAUUCCCCAACGUUGCUGAGCCCACCUCCAACACCGACAGGAGGAAAGAGGAAGCGCACUCUGUAA